AUGCCAUCCUCACCCUUUAUAUCCAUUGUUCCAAUAUCAUCGAUCGCUCCAUUGCCACCAUCUAGUUUUGUAGGAAUGUCUGUUCCUUAUAUUUCAAUCCCUUUAUCGACACCCAUCUUUACCUAUUCAACCUAUCCAACUUCAUCAUUAGUCUCCAAUCCACUAAAAGUCCCUUGGGUAAAUCUUCUAAACACUCAUCAAGCAACUAUUGAGCAACUCACAUCUGCCAACUCUAAGGUUAUAGAAGAAUCAACAAAGGCUGCCCAACCAUCUGACAAGAAGAUCAUUGAAGCUGUGGAAAAGAGAGAAGCACUUUCAAAGAUCCAAGCUGAUAUUAAGAUGGAAAACGUUUAUCUGCAAUCAACCAUCACCAACAAACUUGAUACAUUAAAGGUCGACUUGGCUGCUGAGAAUAAAAUAAUGGAAGCCCUUGUAGAGCAAACUCGGAAGGCUAAGGUUCUGAAUGAAAAGGUGAAGCAUGAAAAUUCGGAAAUUGCUAGGCUUCAAGACGAGAAGUUUUCAAUAAAUGCUUGCAAUUCGGAAAUCCAUCAAAGACUAUUGAGAAUCAUUGAGAACAAAUCUCAUCCAUUCAAUGAUACAGUACGCCUGCCUCUCUCAGAAAAACAUAAGCCAGUGUUCGCUUUACUAAAUCAGAUUGUUAGUGUUUCGGCAUCAAGUGCUUCUUUGAAACAAGUAGGACAAGAGGAAGUUAAAGUAAAAGAAGAAAUCGAUUAG